AUCCGGCAUGCGCAGCUCGGAUUUUAUCUUCUGCCAAUGCACGGGGUCGUCACAUAACUUUCGCAGUCGUCAUAAUGAACAUUGCAAAGCAAUUUUCGCUGUUAUCUCAACACGGAAUCCGUGGACUCCGAAGGCGUUCAAAGACACUAUAAGGUUCGGUGAUAUGGUAAUUAUGAUGCGUCCUUCCAAAUACAUCGCUUCUCUCAUGGCUGUUGUUAUGAUUUUUGUUCCUCGGCCAUCUCGUUUAUGCCCAGAACAACCGUCCCUGGACCAGGACAUCUCACUUUUAUCUAAUGUCUACCAGUCCACCCCGGCCAACGAACAAACCUGCAAUAUGUGUUGAAGAGUCCAUAGAGGCACGGCUAAAUCGAUUGGGCCGCCAACGACCAUCGAAAUUCAAAUCAGCAUGGUCGGAACUAGGAUUUUGCUAUUCUGUGGCCAUGUCCCAGGCUUUGACAGAGUAUUUCGUUUCCGGGUUCAACGUGGUUCUACCUACUAUUGCCAAGGACCUCAACAUUCCCCCUGCAACGCAGACAUGGCCCGCAAACGCCUUUUCACUCGUCAUAGCCUGCUUUCUACUCGUGUUCGGCCGAGUGGCUGACAUGUAUGGGGGCUAUGUUGUGUACGUGGGAGGAGUGUCAUGGUUGACCAUAUGGGCUCUGAUCGCCGGAUUCGCACAGAACGAAAUUAUGAUCGAUUUGGCGAGGGCAAUUGGAGGCCUUGGUCCGGCUGCGUAUCUUCCUUCAAGCUUGAUGCUAUUGGGAAGCAUAUACAGACCAGGCCCAAGAAAAAACAUUAUCUUCAGUGUCUAUGGAGCUUGUGCGCCCUUAGGCUUUUUCGUAGGAAUCUUCUUUGCCGGCGUGACAGCUCAAUACACAACAUGGCGAUGGUACUUCUUCAUUGGGGCCAUCAUAUCCGCUGCUACGGCGGCCAUAUCAUUUUGGGCUAUCCCGUCUGACUGGAGUGUUCGAAAGAACAUGGACGUCAAAAUGGACUGGUGGGGUGCAGUUCUCAUCUCUGCUGGUUUGAUACUUAUUGUGUUCGCCAUAACGGAUAGCGCAGAUGCCCCGAAAGGUUGGUCGACGCCGUACAUCUAUGCGACAAUGAUCGCAGGUAUCCUAUGUCUCAUAGUGGCUCUUUACGUCGAAGGCUGGGUUGCUGAACAACCGUUGCUACCAUUCGAUCUAUUUUGCGUCAAGUAUAUGAAACCACUUUGCAUAGCAUUGAUAUUUCAGUAUGGAGUCCUCGGAAAUUACCUGCUUUAUGCAACCUUCUACAUGACAGACGUCAUGGGCGGUACUCCCAUGCAACUUGUUGUCUGGUAUACACCACUCGCCGCUGGUGGCUGCAUUAUUGCCACAGUCGGAGGUUUCUUCCUCCAUAAAAUUCCUGGUACCGUACUAAUACUUAUCGCCGGUGCAUCAUACGUUGUUUCUGCUUUGCUUUUUGCGAUAAUACCUGUUGACGCAAACUAUUGGGCUUAUAUAUUCACUUCAUGUCUUUGUUGUACGAUCGGAAUAGACAUCACCUUCUCAGUCACGAAUAUCUUCAUAACUACGUCCAUGCCUCUGAAAAGACAGGGAUUAGCAGGCGCACUGAUCAAUAGCCUAUUGCAACUUGGAAUUGCACUCUUUCUGGGUUUUGGGGCGCUUAUAUCAAAGGAGACAGAAGACCAAGGGGUGAGACAAAGCUACAAAAAUGUGUUCUGGUUUGCAGCGGCUUGCGGAGGAGUAGCCCUGCUGAUCAUGGCAGCCUUUGUGAGAUUACGAGAGGCGAAAUCAGAUUAUACUGCCGACGAGUUAGCAACAAUGGAAGAUAGUCAUUGACGAUAUUAGGCUGAUAAUAAUAGUUGGUGGCAUGUUGUGACCUUGUCUAACAAUACAAGCCUUUAUUGAAUAUGGGCUCUUUCAAUAUUCG